AUAAAACAUUUAUGAAAACAUAAAAAUAAAUAGAUUCUACUAAAACUGAGCCUGCUUUUAUUGGAUAGCCAAGUAAAAAAUUAAUUAAAUGAGAAAGUUAAUUUGAAAUAAAAGGAAGAAAAAACAAAAAGGAUACAAACAAAAUUGCCAUCAUUGCCAUCAUUGCCAAAUUUACCUAAAAAAAACAAAGAAUUUUAUAAUAAAUGGUAUAUACCUUAUGAAUUAAGAUAUGUUUAAAAGCCUGAUUUAUAAAAAGAUAAUUUUGAAGGUAUUAUUAAUAUAUAUAUGUUGAAGAUGAUUUGCACUUUUAUAAGAAUAUUCAUAGUAUUAAUGUAUAAUAUAAUCCAUUUGAUGAUAAAUUGCCUGAGGUGCUAAUUAAAAAUAUAGGAUAUCGAGAGAGAACGGAAACAGUUAAGGAUUUAUUAAAAGGGCAAAGAUAAUUAUUAGAAUUUAAAAAGUAACUAUCAGAUAAUAAUAUAAAUAGAUAUUUAGAAAGAGAUAAUUAGAGAGUCCCAGAAUUUAUCAAAUAAUUAUUAGAUAGUGAAUAAAACAAUAAAAAAUAUAAACAGUUUAAAUAGUUAUCAUGA